GUCGGUAAGGUAGCCGAGACAAGCCACGUUUGGAACGAACGAAAACUCAAAAUGAAGUCAAAAUGUUUCGUUUUUCAAUAGUGCGGUCACACCUCGACGCGUGCUUUACGUGUACUUCCUCCGCUGGUCGCUAUUCUUGCCUAGCCGUAGAUCGCGCAAAGUGCUUGAAGAAGAGAGCGCCGGCAUCUUGCCACAGUAUAUUCAUAGUUCGGGAUUUCUCGCUGCAAUCAUGGGCGCAAACUUUGUCGCAGUCAACACCCGUAGCGUACGCGCAGGACUUGCUGGACGCAGCGCAUUCAGCAAGUGGACUUUCGUGGGGCUCGACCAUUGUGCUCACGUCCCUAGCCCUCCGAGUGGCUGUCACGCUGCCACUCGCUGUCUACCAACACCACGUGCUUGCCAGAUUCGCCAACCUGGAUCGUGAAAUGGCUAGCAUUGCCCAUGAGCUGAAGCGCGAGACGACGCAAGCUGUGCGCAUGUUUAAUCUCACUGAGAAGCAAGCUCGGCAUCUCUACCGUAUAAACGUGAAGCGACACCUCCAGCGGCUCGUGGUCCGAGACAACUGCCACCCAAUGAAGGCAGCCGUGGUGGUGCUAUUCCAACUGCCUCUGUGGGUUAGUCUCUCAGUCGCUCUCAGGAACAUGGCCUUCAUGCUGCCGUACCAAGACUUAGGAGCACAAGCCACAUUCCUGGAGCUGAGUGUUGGUGGGGUCCUGUGGUUUACCAACCUGACACAACCUGACCCGCUGCACAUAAUUCCCAUCCUCGUGGGUUUUACUAACCUUAUGAACAUAGAGUUUCAUGUCCUGCAAAGGCAGAAGCACAUGGCCAGCCUGCGGAGGUGGAUCACAAACUUCACCAGGGGUGCGGCACUUGUCACCGUGCCCAUUGCAUGGAUCGUGCCUGCUGAUGUGUCCCUCUACUGGCUCUGUUCGAGUAGCUUUGCCCUGGGCCAGAACAUGCUCAUGGCAGCCCCACGGUUUCGUCGAGCCUGCUCGAUUCCUGUCACCGCAUCCGAGAGCCAGACACCUUUCAAAGAUGUUGCCAAUCGUCUGCGACAGCGACUGGAUGCUGCCUUCAGGACAGGCUCCUGAUCCCCCUAGGCAUGCUGUAAUCUAAUUGCUGCUGUAGUGAUCUCAGGUGAUCCUAAGAGGCUAAUUUACAUGCUAACAAGACUUUGAGCACCACCCUCUUUUUCAUUAUUGUGAGCUCUUGAGCGAGGGCAGUGCUUGGAAUCAAAGCAUGGUCAAAUUUUGCAUUGCUUUCUUUUUUCUUUAAGGUAUUGUGGAAAGUCCGGACUAGUGCUUAAAAAUUAUAUGCUCAAAUUAAUGGUACUACUACAGUGAGAGGGGAUCUGGAUGACGUGUACACAAAGGACAAAAAUCACAUGUGUGCAGAAGCAUAUAUCAAGACGUUUUUUGGAAUCAAGCUUCAUGCUGCACUUAUAGUGCAGGUAAUUGUCACACGCACACACCUCGCUUUCUGCUCACCAUCUAAACUUGGUCUAGGGUGCAUCACAUGUCUGUCUGUGAAACAGCAAAAGUUGUUUCUUGUUCGGUGCUAGUUACUUUUCCAUGUAAACUAUUUUUCAAAUCUCCCUGUUUGUCCUGCUAAGGUCAUUUAAGAGCUUUAUCCUCUUUCACAGCAAGGAUAGGGCAAAGUAACAAAGACGACAAAGAGCAGUGUUGGGUUAGCAGAAUGCAUUGACGAGCUAGUUCGUGAAUAUUCAUUAUAAACCUUAGCACAAACAGGACAACACAAGAAAGAGAGGACAAGGUGCUAGUCUCAACUGCCAUCUUUAUUACAUCAUGCCCCAGCUUAUAAGAGCCCAGACAUAAGGAGCAUGCACAGAGAAGCCAUCAUGACAAGAGAUCUAUAUCAUACAAAAGAUUUCAUAGAACAUAAUUCAGUGUUGUACAAAGCAAUAGAAGCAACACUGACACAUUCUGAUCCAAGCGAUCUUAUAAAAAAAAAAAAAAAAAAGCUUAUAAUUUUCACGCAGUAGUAUCCUGGCUCCUUUUCAAUGUCAGUCUCUUUGAGAAGAGCCUGUACGUGCACAGCGCAUUGUCCUCCCAUCUUUUUCUUGUGUUGUCCUGUUUGCACUGUGGUUUAUUAAGAGUGUUAGAUCUUGUAUGUACAUGCAUUAUUUGUUUUAUGAGACCAGUGCCUGCAGGUAUUUUGUACAAAAAAGCAAGGUGGAAGAAGACUGACUUCUUUUCUCUAUCCAUAUGAGAGAGGCUUGUGUUGUCAAAGUUACUGAUAUCACUGAAUUAUUUUGAUAUUGUUGCUGCACCUGUUUAAAUAUGUGCAGAUGAAAUUAAAAUGCCAGCCUGAUGGCUUAGAAACUGGUGGGUUACUGUUUUAUUGUUAAAUUUCAAUUUUAUGUAACGCGUAUGACUGUUGUGCAGAUGUUGUCAUGUUUUAGUAUGUGGAGUCUGAUGAGAACUCUACUUUCCCUUCGCUUUCUUGCUUUUUAAAAGCAAAUUCGAAAUUUAGAUCAAUAAAUAUUGUUUGAUAUUUCAUUAUUGCAUGUUCAAUUUAUCACAUUCUGUACAUCUGUAACUGUUGAAGAGUGGCCAAAUAACUCCAGAGGUAGCAGUGGCAGUGAUUUUUAGAGCACUUGUCCAGCCAACUCGCAACAGAUAAAUAGAUUUGAAACUAAAACUAUGCUGUUAUCUGGAAAGCUUAACGGGGCCCUGAAACACUUUUCUAAUGAGUAAUAGAAAACCCUAUUAAAAGAUGGCUGCCUCACUAAUCUCCUGCCGCAAGAAUUUUUCAAGUGCUUCAAGUAUAAAUGCAGUUAUUGACCCUUUUCGUGGCAAUCCUGUGAGCGCUGCCUUGUUUCAUCACGUGAUGACGUGUCCAUGCUUUCCUCAGCAGCCUCGGUUGCCUCCGUGUUUACAAUGGAUGUACAGCCUUCUGCAUUUUUAGCUAUAUCACGCGAGAACAAUAUAAUAUGGUCGUAGGUCGUCCUGAAGGGAACAUCGCAUUAGACGACUCUUGCACAGGAGAGUGCUUAGUGCACUUGAGAGUACUUCUGCCGGCCUCGCUGAUUAUUGCCGCUUAAAGGCGCUAAAAUGACGCGUAAUGGACGCUUGCGUGGUAGCUAAAAAUGUGGGAGGCUGUACUUGUCAGUGCAGGGGGGCAGGCUGACUUUUAUAAAAGUAAACAGUGCGUUUUGGUCACGGUUGGCCAAGAUACCCUGAAAUUGUAUCUUAGAUGUAAAUAAAAGAAAGCUGUAAAAAAUUUAAUUUAGGCACAGAUACAAAAUACACCGACUCUUAAAUCUGGUACAGAUAUUUGCUGUUGUAUCUAUGAUGUUUAAAUGCUUUCCUCCAAAUCUUUCCGCAGUUUCAUUGUUCGGCCCGCUGAAAACUGUUAUUGGCCAUUGGCUUGUAAAUGUAUCAGAUGCUGAUUAUCACACUACAUUGUUUUCAGUUUUACAAGUAAAACAAACAAAUUAUGUUAUGGUUUAAUAUUACUGCCAUUUUUUUCUUACCAGCACACCACAGCAAGUAUAGUUCCACUUAUCUCAGAACUGGCAAAUGUUUAUUGCUGGAACUCUCUCAGUCACAAAUUAAUUGGCAGUUUGAUUAUAGAGAAAAAGCUUAGACAAGAACAUUUAUUAUUUAACAGUCCUACAAGCAGGUUGAUUCCAAACUGCGCAGACUGCAUAGGGAAACUUUAAAACUGCAAAGCUGUGUGACCACGAAUUAACUGUGGACAUGAAUAGCCAAACGCAGGCAUGUGAUAAUGAUAGCAUAUCUGUGCACACAAAUUACUGUGCAAGUUGCAUGAACUAUAAUAAAAAUGAAACCAGAGCACUCCACUACAGCAUCCCUCAUAGCCUAGCAGCCAGGGUGUUGUAUCGAACUAGAACUGAACCUUUAUUUUCAGCUGAACCACAACCGAAACGAACCAUUAUUUUUCUGCCAUCUUGUAACUGAACCCAAACUUCUUGGAGA